AUCUGAAUUAUUCGGUGAAUCCAUUAACUGAUCCAUGAUCGUUUACAACAAAUAAUACUUUGGGUGCCCAGCGCAUUUUUAAACGGUUUUUAAAAUCAAUAUUGGUUCCUCAGGACAAGGAUGGCAUGUGGAUCUUCCACAUUUUCAAAGUACAAUGCUAUGUGUCAGAAAAUUGUAGAUGAUUUAAAUUCAGAUGAUAUCAAACAUUUGAAAUUUUGUCUUAGAAGAGAUCUUUCAAAAGGAGAAUUAGAAAAUAUAGAAGAUGGCCAAGAUCUCAUUACUACAUUAGAAAAACGAGACUUUUUGUCUCAGAAAAAUGUGUCUCUGCUGCAUGGUUUGUUGGAGAAAAAAUGUGGAAGAUUAGCUAAAAUAGUUGGUGCUUAUGACUUAACAAUCACGCCUCAAAGAACAUACAACAAAGAUAAAUACGAUAUAUCGUCAAUGAAUAUUGUUGAACACUUUGUAAAGACUUCUGCGGCUGAUAAAGUUUUUCAUUUGUUGAAGAAUAAAGGAGCUGCAUUUAUUAAAGGUCCAAAUGGUGUAGGAAAAUCACAAAUUGCAUUUUGGUAUGCAAAUCACUUUUACAAAGAAAACAAGAAAUCUGUUAUUUGGAGGAUAAAUAGUAAAUCACUUGAAAGCACCCACCUUUCACUUGCCACUCUGUUGUCAACAUUGAACAUUUAUGAUGAUCAUAUGAUUUCUCAGACAAAUUUAUCGCUAUGUGUGAAAAACAUGUUUGAUGUAGUCCUCAGUACACUUGUAUCAGAACAGUGGCAACAAGAUAAACAUCUUAUAGUAAUGGAUGAUAUUUUCAAUCCGAAGGAUGACAUCAUGUGUGAAAUGCUUGAAAGGUUUGUUCAUUUGAAAAACGUUAAUCUAAUUGCAACAUCAAAUGUAUCAUAUUCAACAGAUCUGGCAUCAUCGUACGAGGUUCAUAUUUCGCGAAUGACUGCAGAAGAAGCAAUAUCUUUGCUCACAUCUGCUAGUGAAGAUAAAGAUUGUUUAAAAAAAUUAGUACAAAAUCUGAAUUAUCUACCUUUGGCAAUAUCUCUAGCCUCGUCUUAUAUAAAAACAACGAAAAUAAGCAUCAGGGAUUAUCUAAGAAACAUUUCUGCAUUCCAAAUGCAAGCUCAACAAGAGGAUAAAAAAGGUCAAAAUCUACAAGCAUCAUAUGACAUGACGUUACAGAACGUUGAAAACAAUUUGUCUCCGCAUUGCAAGAGGGUGCUUUCGCUGAUCCCUUACUUAAGUCAUACGAGCAUAUCGGUUGAUGUUCUGAAAACUUUUCUUCCAGAAAAAGUAAUUGAAAGAGAACUCGAAAUAACAAAUUUGAUGUCAGCUUUACAAAAUUAUUCUUUAGCAUCAGCCAGACGAAGUGGUAACAUACGACUGUUGGAAAUGCAUGGUCUAUCUGUAUGGGUUUUGAAAAACAAAAAGAGCUCUGAACAAGAAAAAGAAGACUUGCUAUGGUUGAUGAAGCAUUAUUGCAGAGAAAUGGCAAUUGACGUAAGAUCAGUCAAGAAUGCCAACCGUAACAUUGAAUUUCUGGAUCACGCUUGCCUGCUGAUGAACAAAUAUCUGAAGAUGUUGAACAAUUCGUCUGAUGAAGUUCUUGUAUAUGAAGCUUACUUGGCAUUGUGUAUUGGGUCCACCUUUAGAGUUUAUGGUCGAACAGAAAUUACUGCGGAAGAUUUCUUUGAAAGAGGAAGAAAUAUCAUUGCCAAGCUUGGAAAAAUAGAAUCCAAUAUAUAUCCAGUAUCAAGUGCCUCUAACCGUUCUUCAGUUAACAGUUUUGAAAUAAGAGAAGAAACUUGUGACAUGGAAAAUUUCCUUAAGGGUGAUGAGAAUAUACGAAAUAGAGCAAGUAGAAUUUUUUCAGCACUUCGUGAUGUUCACACUUGUGUUACAGAGGAAAUGCUGGAACAUUUAGUAAUGAAAAAAUACAGGAACGAAAACGAAAUGAGCAUUAUUCUUUGUAAUACUUCGCAGAUGGAUGAACAUAGGGAAAGAUGGAUUCCUGACGUUUUGGAAUCAGACCUUGUAAAAAGAGGCUUUAUAAUGCCAUUAUACGAACUUCGUGCAACAUUCUUGAUAGAGCUGUUAAUUCUCCUCCUAUACAACAGCAACGGUAACAACUGGUGGAUAACUGAGAGUGAAGCAGUACAUGCCUUCGUGGAAGGCAGGCAUAUGUCGGUGGAUUCAAAAUGUUUUGCUGAUUUUCAACUCACCUAUAAUAUGGCUUGCAUCUUAAACUCGUUUUAUGAAGAAAAACAUCCUUCGUUUCGACCUGUGAUAGCAACUGUUAUUAAACGGAGCGGUGUGUUAUAUUAUGUACGAAAUGAAUCAUUGAAUCACACUGUGCCUGAAAUGAAAAAAGUUAUCACAUUCCUUGAGGGAAUGUUAGAAAGUUCGCCAGUUAUAAACAUAUUAAUUGGAGUUGUUAAUAUGCUUUCUGGGUUGGAUGUUGAUCAUACAUGUCAUGUGCUCGAGCUUCUUAGGGAAUGCUACAUUAAACUUUCCAACAUCGACGAAAGCAAUCAGAACUAUUACAUUACGCAAGCCUUAGCUAAGACAAGUCUACUUGAAAGUUAUAUUGAAGAUUUGGAACCAUGGAAUCUUUUACCUAGGGUGCAUUUGGCAGUAGCUGAUAUGUGUGUCAGAAUCAAAACACCAUCGAUGGCUAGAAAAGCCAAAAAACACUUUCGGCUGGCAAUACAAGACAAUCCAAACGACGAAAUUACAAGAUAUACCUUAAAGUCAUACAAAUGCUACAUUGAAUUUUGCAUAUUAGAAGGUGAUGAUGAUGAUCUGGAAGAAGCAGAAAGACUUUGAAAAAUAAUGAUAGAAAAAAUAAAAAAAUCCUCAAAGAAUUCUUACUUCAAGCAAAAAUUGGAGAUAAUAAAUGAGUUAAAGAAUACUCGAGGAUUAAAAAACACACGACAUAAAAAUAUAAAUGACAUACCAUGUUUAGAAUAUGGAAGCAAAAUUCAGAGAGAGUGUGAUGCAGUUCCUAAACAAAUAACACCACCAGAGUAUCAGGGAGAAAGUCAAGUAUUAACACAGCGAAAUUCGAUAAAUAAUGUUGUUGACGAAAGGCUUGAAAGCUUAGUUGAGCGUUUAGUUGGCAUUGAUAGUCAACGACUGUCUAUCGAAAGUGAACGACAUGAUGAACGACUGUCUAUCGAACGAGAACGACUGUCUAUCGAAAAAGAAAGACUUAAUGAGGCAAAGAAAACUAAUGAAACUCUAGAGAGACUUGUCUUACAACUACAAAUUACUAGAUGAUGUUCGUGACUGCGAUACUGUUUACAGCUACAACAGUACAAUAAUGAUUUUCCAUAUAUGGUAAUAACUUUGGGAUUAAGUGUUGACUGCUGUUAUAUAAAUACAUAAAAGUUAUAGAUGCAUGUGAUUUAUUUUUUUAUGAAUAUUUUAACACAGUUUAAGACAGUAUAUCUAAAAAUUAUUCAAUAAUAAUAUUAAAAUACCCCGUCAAGGUCUGGAUCAUG